AAUUUCUACAGCCGCUCACCCACAAACAGGAGACUUCAGCUUCCAACGGCCCCUCGACUGCAGCGCAGCGCGUGUUGUGGUGAUUGGAAAGCAUCAUGGACCACGGGGAGGACGACGACCCCAUCAACCCCGACUUCUGCGCCGAAUGGCUCAAGGCCCGCCUCAAUCUCGCCGGCUUCAAUGAGGAUGAGAUGCUCGGGCCCGACGUAGCCAUCUCGCUCUACAGCUGGUUUGAAGAUGCAGCGCAGAAGCGGCUGUACCUGUGGAUCGGCGACAAAGAGGGAGACGAGACCGACGGCGGGGCGACCCCGGCUGGCGCUGGCAGCAGCAGCGGCAGACAGGCCCUCAUCACCGACACCGCGGUGUUGCCGCUGCCGAUCCGUCAGGGGUCGGUCAAGGAGUUUUGCUAUGUGUAUAAGCGGCCGAACACGGACCAUGAGGUCAUCACCAAGGGGUCCAUCAGCAAAGUGUUGCUCAUCGGCACCAUCAAGGAUCACCUACUCGACUAUCUCCUCACCGUCAUGAACGGCGCAUUCAUUCCCAUCUCGGCAUCUGACCACGGGUAUGUAGUCUAUGUCCAUUCAUUGCACUGAUUGAUUAAAGAAAGCACCACAUAACAUACGGGAUAGGUAUCUGUAAUGCAUUGAUUGCUUUAUGCAUGGCAUGCAGGUGGCCGGAGAAUCUUAAGAAGGACUUCACGGGACAAAUUCAGAAGUUCAUGGCCCGGCUCACCGAGAUGACCUUCCUCUCGCGCGGCGCCACGGUGCUGUACGUGCCGCCUGACGACCUCUCGGACCUCGACAAGGUGUCCAAGGACAAGGAUGCCGUGCAGCGGCUGGAGUCGACGCUCAUCCACUGGACGAGACAGAUCAAGGAGGUCACUGCACAGCAGGAUGCAUCCCGAGGGGGAGGGGAGGCGGCAUCGAUGGGCGACGCCGAGGUGGCGGGCCCCCUGGAUGAGAUUCAGUUCUGGCGGGCCAGAAACGUCGACCUCUCCCGUCUUCACGCACAGCUUGAGACGCCACAAUUGCAGGUGACAUACUCACUGAUCGGUUAGUGAGUCCACUUGUCGAGCGUUUUGUCUGUCUGCCUACCUGUCGCAUGUUUAGAGGAUACUGCGUGUGCUGGAGGCGUCCAAGUCGAGUUAUUUGAAACACUUCAGAGCGCUGCAGAACGACAUUUCCCGCGGGUCGAUCGAAGCGCAGGCCAACCUGAAGUUCCUGUCAGCUCUGGAGGAGCCCUGCCUGAAGCUGACGGCGGCCAGCCCCGUGGUCAUCCCCGAGAACCUGCCCUCAUUGCUGCACAGUGUGCGCAUGAUCUGGACUAUCUCAACACACUACAACACCGCGGACAGAAUCACCGGUGCGCUGGCAAGGAGACAGUUGAUGUAGACUGCUGACAUGAGACAUGUGCCCCGCUGUGUUCUCAGGUUUGUUGCGUAAGAUUUCCAACGAGAUUAUCCGCCGUUGCCAGGACAGCAUUCAGCUGGAGGCCAUCUUCGCGGGUCGGGCAACCGACAUGCCCGAGGAGGAGAGGGCUGAGGGACACCCCGACGGCAUGACCGUCAAGGACAUUCAGGAGGCCACACAGAGACUUGAGGAGUCCGCCGCCUGUGGGAGGGCGUGGAAGCAGACCUACCAGCGGACGGCCAAGCUGCUGGCCAGACACAACCCCACACGCAGAUGGGACUUCUCGGAGGGAUCGAUAUUCGCUCAGGUUGAUGCAUUUGUCCAGCGGUGUUGCGAUUUGCUCGAGGUGUGUGAAGGCCAGCUGCAGUUUGCGGCCAAGGCACGGUGACCAAUCAAUCCAACACACUCGGGGGGAAGAAGAAGAGUCAAGACGCCCGUGAAUCUUUGUCUCUGUGCUGUUGCUGCUUGUGUUGUGUCAGUGGGAUUGAGUUGCCUAGGUUUGGAGGUGCUCGUGCGCCUGAGGUGAUCAAGAGCCUGAAUGAGAUUGAGACAUCUUUCCUCAACAAUGUGGCCAAGCUGCGCAACCUUUCGUACUACAUACUCGACGUCAAGGUAACCAUUCAUUCACUCAGCGAAUGAUGCCUGCCUUGCCUUGUCCGUGUUGCCUGCCUGAUAUUUUCAUCAUCCCAUAUAUGUAUUCUUGUCACCUCACUAACUAACUAAGUGCAGACGACGAGGUGGCACGAUGACUAUUCGCACUUCAAGAACCAGAUGAAGGACUUGGAGGUCAUGUACAUGAAUGUCAUCACCUCGGCAUUCGAGGGUGUGUCGACGGCCGAGGCGGCAAUCGAGCUCUUCGACGCCUUCUUUUCACUGUCAAAAAGGCCGCGGAUUAAGGGCUUUGUCGAGAAGAAGGCCAUCGACGUGUAUAACCUCUUCUCACAGGUGUGUUUUCCUCUCUGGCCGACCACAGCACACGUCAGGGGAAUGACUUCGAUCCACGUGUGUCUGCAGGAGAUGAUGAGUCUGCGUCGUGAGUUUGAGCAGUAUCGCAAGAAGUGUCUGCUGCCGGUUGCGCUAGGCCACCCCACACACGCGGGCACUGCCCUGUGGGCGCGAGGCAUCGCACUGCGGCUGCAGCGCCAGAUGGAACUCAUCGACACCAUCGCUGUGCACGGAUUCGAAAACAGCAGAGAGGCCGAGGUACACUCAUUACACUCUGUGAAAGGGAGGGAGGACACCCAACCACCCCAAUGAGAGUAUGUUUGCCAGGGCCUUGCCGUGUGACCACGUGUGUGUCGUCAGGUUGCAAAGGAGACGUAUUCGAAUUUCCAGUCGAUUUUGGAGGGUUUUGUGAAGCAGACGUUUGACGAGUGGCUGCAGGAGCUGAACAACAUGGACACCAACACGUUCGGCAGGCGACUCAACCAGCCGCUGCUGGGGAGACAGGAGCAGAACAUUCUCGCGAGAGGCAAGGGCGGGCAGCUGGAGAGCAACUUCGACAAGGGUCUGAUGAAGAUGUUCCAGGAGGUGUAUUAUUGGGAGAAGAUACAGGGACACGGCAUCGUCGUGCCCUACGCUGCACACGAGAUGUUUACACACCGGGACACUCUCCGCGUACUCAGGUGGAUUGAUUAGCUUGGGGUGCUGGCUAACUGGCGCAACGCAUGUCUCUCUCUGUGUGUGUGUGUUUGCAGAGAGCACGUGCUGCGUGUUGUGCGAGAGUACAACGUCAUCAUCGACAACCUCGCCGUAAGACAUAGAGAUGCUCUAUGUUCGCUGCUGCGUGUAGUGAGUAUUACACAUCGUGUCGAUGUAUGCAAUGCAGCCCGAGGAGCGUCGGCUGUUUGCCCACCACAUCAAGACGCUGGAUCGUCGGAUAUCCCCCGGCAUCCAGCGGCUGACGUGGAAUUCCCAAGGCAUCAAGGAGUUCUUCGUGCGCGACUCGUGCCGCGAGUGCAACAAGGUGUACGACUUCGUGCUGCAGUACAAGGCCAACCACCACAGGGUCAACGUGCUUUGCAAGAACAUCAGCGACAGGCACAUGAUCCUCAUUGAUAAGAAGACCAUCUACACUGUCGAGGAGUUCAAAACGGUCCAGGAGAAGCACAGGGUUGAGAUUGUCGACUUCCUCCAGAACACGCACGCCGAGAUCACCGACACCAUGCUCGCUACCUACCAGGUAAGCUGGUAAGUGUGUGGAAUGGUUGGAUGAGCAGCACCAACACAUCCAAUCCAAUGUGUGUGCUGUUUUGUUUGUAUUCAGUUUUUCGAGACGCAUCCACAGGAGAUCCAGCGUGAGUGGAAGCAAUAUGUCGACAAGAUGGACAAAAAAGUGAGCAGGUCAAACCCUCUCCUUUGCACAACCGCAGCCAUCACAUCGAUGGAUAAAUGGAUGGAUGGAUGGAUGGAUGGCUACAUAGGUCGAAGAGGCGCUCAAAAAGGCGGUUAAAUCGUCGCUGCAGGACCUGUCGAAGGCCCUCAACUCUAGUGACGGCAAACGGGGCGAGAUGGACAUCGCUCCGCUGUUCAAAGUGCACGCCGUGCUUAAGGGCACCAAGAUGGAUUUUCGCCCGACGAUGAGCCAGCUGAAGGACAUGCUGCAGCUCAUCUGUCGGGAGAUGACCAUGACCCUCACUGUCGUGCCGCGGCUGUCGGAGCACCUGAGGGUGGAGAAGACCCGACGGGAUAUCCUGAAGAAGGCCGCGCUCGAGAAGGCCGGCGACAUCGCGGGUGCGUCGGCCAUCAUCAUUCCCGACGAGGAGGAACUCGCCAAGAGCCACAAAAAGAAGAAGUCGUUCUUCGACGAAAUCUCCAAGGACGACGAGAUUGUGCGGAUCAUCGUGCAGAUCAUGAAGGGGCACAACAACUGCGCCACCAAGCUGCAGGACAGACUCAAGUGGUGGCACAACUCGUACCAACCUAUCGUGUCACAGGACAAGGACGCAUUCAUCAAACGGUCAGUCACGUCACGCACUCAGGCGAAUGGCGAUGAAUGAUGAAUGAGAUGCAUGGAAUGCCGUGCGUGUCUCUCUUCUCUGCCCGCUGCCAGCUAUGCCCGCACUGAAAGGCCCCUCGCGGUGGUUGGCACGGACAUCCAGCGGUACAAGGAGGUUCAGAGCGAUAUCCAGCAGGAGGAAUUCAAAGUGAGUGAGACACAGAUCAGAUCUAAGCCGUCGAUGAGUGCACUGCACGUGAUUGGGCGUGUCGUCUCAUCCGCACGAUGUGUUCAGGUUACGAUAUGUUUCAUCGAGGCCGACUUCACACUGCUGAAGCAGGCGCUUGUGCAGCACUGCCAGCAGUGGCAGUCGAAGCUCACAGGCCUGCUCAACCAGAAUGCCCUCAAGGAGCUCAACGCACUACUCGACUACUUCCAAAUCAACUCAAAGGUGAGCAAGGCAGGCAGGCCCGGUAUUCACGAGAGGGAGACAAGAUGGAUACGCUCCAUGGAUGUGUGUUAUCUCUUCAGACCCUGCUGGAGGCCCCCAAGACCUUAGACGAGCUCCGCCAUCAUCUCACCCUCUUCGACAAGUGCAAAGCCGACAUACCAAGCCUCGAGGUCGAUAGGAAAGAAUUGUGCCUUCUGCCUCAUGGCAACCACUCGGCUUGAUCUUCGGCUGCAGGAUCGCAUCCAGCCUGUGGAGGACCAGUACGCAAAACUUGCAGAGUUCGACGGUAGGUCGCCACGAAGACACACAUUCGUGCAUUGGCGUGUAUUCCCUCGUGCGUGUGUAUGCAGUUCAGGUUGGCGAUGACGAGGAGGCGAUGAAGAAAAGCCUUCGGCCCGCUCUCGAGACAUUCAAAACCACACUCGUCGAGGCUGACCAAAUACUCGCCAAGUGAGACACACACACACACACGGUGGAUGCAUGUCUCUGCCUGCGUUCACUCUCCCGGCUGGCUUUCUUGGUGUUCAGGUCGAAGAAGAUAAUGAAGGCUGAGUUGGAGAGCAACCUUGGUCAGUUCCAGAAGCAGGCUGCAGAGGCGCAGAAGGUCUUCAAGGCUGCGGCGCCAUUUGACGCGGAGGCGACAGCCAACGAGAAAGCCUUUGCGCUGAUCCAGAACUACCGCAGUGAGGUGGAGAGGAUGCGGCUGACCGAGCAGGGCAUGCUGCCCAAGAUCGAGCUGUUCGGCAUGGAGGCGUCGCAGUACAAGGAGAUCGACGACAUGGAGAAAGACCUGCAGCUGCUGACCUCGAUAUGGACCAUCAAGGAGGAGUGGGACGAGCAGUGGAACGCGAUGAAGACGGGCAAAUUCCGCGACUUGAACGUGGACGAGAUGGACACGAUGGCGUCGACGUACCAGAAAAGGAUCCAGAAGAUGAAGGAGAUCAAGCAGUGGCCCAUCUGGACCCGCGCCAAGCAGGACAUUGAAGACUUCAGGGCGGCCAUGCCCCUCAUCACCAACCUGAGGAGCGAGGCGCUUAGAGACAGACACUGGAAGAGAAUCAAGCAGGAGGUGGCCGAGCCCUUUGAUGCUCGCUCGCCCGAUUUCACACUCAACUCUGUCUUCCAGCUCGGACUCCCACAACACGCUGGUCAGCACAUGACACAUCGAUAGCAGCUGGCAUACAUGGCUGAUCCAUUGAUCAGAGUUGAUUGCCCGUCUGGCUGACGAGGCGAGGAAGGAGUACAAGAUAGAGACGGGCCUCAAGGACAUCGCAGAAAAGUGGGAGGACGUCCUGCUCGACAUCGUCGUCCACAAGGAGGUGAGUAGCACAGAGAGGCUGCCAGCGGAAGUGGAGCACAGUGGCAUUUACAAAUUCAGGUGUACUACAAGCUUCGCACGUCAGAGGAGCUCUUCACGAUGUUGGAGGAGCACAUCCUUAGUCUGUCGUCAAUGAAGUCAUCUCAGUACUACCUGCCCUUCUCAGAGACAGUACAGAGUCACUUCCCCUUGUCCACAAGAUACAAACUCACCGCCUUUCACCUUGUAUCGUCUGAUCGAUCAGGUCGAGCAUUGGGAGAAGGCGCUGGCCAACAUAUCAGAGGUGAUCGAGCUGACUCUCCAAGUGCAGCGGCAGUGGAUGUACCUCGAGAACAUCUUCGUCGGCUCCGACGACAUCCGGCCGGUCUUGCCGCAGGAGGCCGGCUGGUUCGACGAGGUCAACGCAGGAUUCAAGCAGAUGAUGGAGAAGAUUUACCACGAGCCAAAGGCGCUCAAGGCCUGUUCCACCCCCGGGAUGCUUGACAGUCUUAUGGCCAUGAAUGCCAAGCUCGAGCGCAUCCAGAAGUCCCUCGACGACUACCUCGAGAGGAAGAGACAGGAGUUCCCGCGUUUCUACUUCCUGUCCAGUGACGACCUGCUUGAGAUCCUCGGCCAGUCGCGUGAUCCCGAGAUGGUGCAGAAGCACAUCAAGAAGUGCUUCGAGGGCAUCAAGGUGCUCGACUUGUGCCCACCUGGCAAGCAAGGCAACCGCACAUGGGAGGCGCUGGGCAUGGUGGCGCCCGACGGGGAGAAGGUCAAGUUUCAUCCCAAGAGCGUCGUCAUCGAGGGGCCCGUAGAGCAGUGGCUCAUUAGGGUACGUGGCACACGUGCAUCCAGUCCACCCCGUCCACAUACAUGUGAUGUGUGUCGAUUUAGGUAGAGAAGGCGAUGAAGGAGACGCUCAAGCGGCUGUUGGUGAUGGUGCACCAGGCCAACCUCGCCAAGGGGACCAAGAAGGAGAAGUGGAUCAAGGACAACCCCGGCCAGCUCCUCAUCACAGCCGGACAGAUCGCAUGGACCACCGACAGCGAGGCGGCACUCCGCAAGAUAGAAAAGGGCGGCAAGAACGCUAUGAAGCUCCUUAAGAAGCACCAGACUAAGUACCUCGCCAAGCUGACUGACCUGGUGCGAAAGCCGCUCAGCAAAGUGGAGCGUCUCAAGCUGGUCGCCCUCAUCACCAUCGAAGUCCACGCGCGAGACGUGCAGGUACGCAAACGGACAUGCAGGCAUCAUGUAUUGGAGCUGACGGCAGCAAAUGUCUACGAAUCCUCUUUGAUCUUGUCAGGAACGUUUGAUCCAAAUGAAGUGUGAGAAUGAGAAUGCCUUCCCAUGGAAGUCACAGCUGCGCUUUGAACUUCGCGAGGAGGUGGACUCGGCCGCUGCAGGAGGUGCGCCGCCGGCGGGCGGCAUGACGUGCCGGGUCCUCCAAACGGAGACACUCACGCCGUACGGCUACGAGUACCAGGGCAACAACGGCAGGCUGGUGGUGACGCCUCUGACGGACAAAUGCUACAUGACCCUAACGAUGGCACUGCACUUAAAGCGUGGGGGUGCACCACAAGGGCCGGCGGGGACGGGGAAGACGGAGACGGUGAAGGACUUGGGGAAAGGGCUGGCCAAGUACGUGAUUGUGAUGAACUGCAGCGACGGGCUGGACUACAAGAGCCUGGGCCGAAUGUUCUCGGGCAUGGCGCAGGUGCGGGGGGGAAUGAAUGGGUGCGCAGAGAUAGCCCCAUUCUGUCUGUCUAUCUGUCUGUCUGUCUGUCUGGAUGUCUGUGUCUAUCUGUCAGGCUGGGUGUUGGGGUUGCUUUGAUGAGUUCAACCGUAUUGAAGUGGAGGUGCUGUCCGUGGUCGCGCAGCAGAUCAUGACCAUCCAACAAGCCCUCAAGUAAGCAGUGCAGUAGAGCGGCUCCGUCCCUUCUUGUCGCCCACACACGAUACAUACGUCUGUCUGUGCCUUGGCUACUCAUUCGACCAGGGAGAUGCCCGACACGGAUGACCCGUCUCAGCCGUUCAAGUUUCUGUUUGAGGGCCACCGCAUCCGGUUGGACAGAGGGUGCGGUAUCUUCAUCACCAUGAACCCAGGAUACGCCGGCCGCUCGGAGCUGCCCGACAAUCUCAAGUCGCUCUUCCGCCCCGUUGCCAUGAUGGUGCCCGACAUGGCCAUGAUCGCGGAAAUCAUGCUCAUGAGCGAAGGAUUCAAGGACGCCAAGUCGCUGGCCAAGAAGAUGGUGACUCUCUACCAGCUGAUGGUGCAGCAGCUCUCCAAGCAGGACCACUACGACUUCGGGCUCCGAGCCAUUCGGUCGGUCCUCAACAGAGCUGGCUCCCUCAAACGUGCCGACCCUGACCUGCCAGAGCAGGAGCUGCUGAUGCGGGCAAUUCGAGACAUGAAUGUGCCCAAGUUCGUUGCUGAGGACCUGCCCCUCUUCGAGGCGCUGCUGAGCGACCUCUUCCCUGGUCUCGAGCUGCCUGAGGUAAGUGUGAGCUCACUCUCAUUCGGUCUUGCGUGACUGGGCGUGUCUCUUCAUCAGCCCGAGUACGGGAAGCUUCAGGAAGCGAUCGAGGCCGUGCUGGACGAGAUGGGGCUGCAAAAGGUGCCUCAGAUCAUCAAGAAGACCAUCCAGGUGAGCAGCUUUCCCGACACCAGAAGAUGUUCGCGGCCUGCUUCCCUCUGUGCCUCUUUCUUGUGGGGUAGGUGUACGAGACGAAGCUGACGCGGCACGGAAACAUGAUUGUGGGCCUGACGCUCUCGGGCAAGUCUACAUGCUGGCAUGUGCUGCAACAAGCCAUGACAGCCCUCGCCAAGCAGGGCGUCCCGGACUUCGAAGCCGUCAAGUGAGUGAACCAUCCGGCCAUCCAUCCAUCCACCAACACUGCUGCGCUGCAUUACAUACAUGGUGUUCGUUGUUCAUGGAUGCAGGACGUAUGUGAUCAACCCCAAGUCGAUAGACAUGAAUGAGCUGUACGGCUCGUUCGACCUGCAGACCAUGGAGUGGACCGACGGCAUUCUCUCAUCGAUUAUGAGAACAGCUUGCCAGGACGAGAAGCCUGACCAGAAGUGGAUCAUCCUGGACGGUCCGGUGGACACUCUGUGGAUCGAGUCGAUGAACACCGUCCUCGACGACAACAAAAUCCUCACACUCAUCAACGGAGACCGUAUAGCCAUGCCACUACAGGUUAGGUUUCCUACUUGCCUGCGAUGCCUUAUGUCGUCCGCUCCGCUUCACCAUCCGUGUGUGUCAGGUGUCUCUUUUGUUUGAGGUUGAGGAUUUGGCUGUGGCCUCCCCUGCCACCGUCAGUCGAGCGGGCAUGGUCUACCUGGAUGUCAUCGACCUGGGUAUUUGGAGGCAGCGCAGCACAACACCUGUGCACCGCACCGCCCUUACCCCUUGUCCCUUGUGUCAGGUUGGAAACCGUAUGUCGACACGUGGGUGACGAAGCAGACCUCCUUGUCGGGGGACCACCGCAGCCUUCUGGCUAGCUUCUUUGAGAAAUACGUAGACCAAGUGCUCAAGGUACCGGCCCGCCCCAUCUAUCAGUCAGGCGGACAGACAGACACAGCACCCACCAUUGCACGCACACACCUGUUGUCUUGUCUGUCUCUCAUCCGUUAAUUUGUUCAUUCAUUCAGGCGCGCCGCGAUCAGUGCAAGGAGGUGGUGCCCAUCUCGGAGGUCAACGGCGUCAUGUCUCUCUGCCGCCUUUUCGAGGUGUUCAUACAGAAGUGCGACCUCGCCGCACACGGGGAGAACGCGGCCCGGGUGCUCGAAAGGAUAUUCGUCUUCUCGCUGAUCUGGUCGCUGGGGGGCUCAGUGGACGGCGACUCGCGGCCGAUCAUCGACCAGCGGAUUCGUGAGAUCGACAACAUGUUCCCGCCCACCCAGACGGUGUACGAGUAUGGAUUGAAUUUUGAGAAGGGCGAGUGGAUACACUGGGAGGAACGACUACCAAACCCAUACAAGUAAGUGCGUCUGUGUUCGCAUGCGCGUAACUAACUUGACACCAACAUGUGUGUCUGUCGCGUGCUGUGGAUUGUGUGGGUGACACGGCAGGCCGUCCGAGGGUACCAAGUUCCACCGCAUAUUGGUGCCGACAGUGGACACGGUGCGCAACUCGUACAUCCUGUCGGGUCUGGUGCACCAACGCUUCCACACCCUCUGUGUGGGCCACACGGGCACCGGCAAGACGUCGUGCGUGGCCUCAAGCAUCCUGCAGAACCUCGACGACCAGGUGUACGCCAUGCUCACCAUCAACUUCUCGGCACAGACCAACUCACUCAAAACACAAAACGUCCGCAGCCACUCCACACCAUACAAUACAUAGACGGCGCGAUUGUUUCACACAAGCGCUGAUGGUUUGGUCAUAACAGAUUAUUGAGGGCAAGUUGGAGAAGCGGAUCAAGAAUAAGUUCGGUCCGCCGGGCAACCGCAAGCUGGUGUGCUUCUGCGACGACCUCAACAUGCCCCGCAAGGACACCUUCGGCUCCCAGCCGCCCCUCGAGCUGCUCAGACAGUGGAUGGACUACGGAUGCUGGUACGAUCGUUCGAAGCAGCAGCUCAAGUACAUCCAAGACAUGCAGCUCGUGGCGGCGAUGGGGCCACCGGGCGGUGGCCGGUCGGUCAUCUCACGGCGGCUGGAGUCACGCUUCAACCUCAUCAACUUCACCCUCCCCAGCGAGAGCCAGAUCAAGAGAAUAUACAACACACUCGCACAUUACAAGUUUAACGACUUCAGGGAGGACCUGAAGCAGCUGGCGGAGCCGCUGGCUGCGGCGACCAUCAGUCUGUACGACACGGUCAACAGCACCUUCCUGCCGACCCCCGACAAGCCGCACUACCUCUUCAACAUGCGAGACAUUAGCCGUGUGUUCCAGGGGCUGUACCAGGCCAACCACCAGAUCAUCGAAGAGAAGGAAAGCCUCGUCCGCAUGUGGUAUCACGAGAACCUCCGCGUCUUCCACGACCGGUGGGCACGACAAAGGGAGGGAGGAAGAGGCACGAUGGAUGGAUGGAUGGAUGGAUGCGUGUGUGUGCAGGCUGAUCAACACGCAGGACCGUUCGGACUUCAAGCAGAUGGUUGACUCUGUGUGCGACAGCGUUCUCCAAAUGCGGCUCAAGGACAUCUGCAAGGACCAGGACGGUGACCCUAUCUUCGCCUCCUUCUCGGUCAACAACCCAGACAUGGAAAACGCCCCCUACGACCAGAUCACCGACGCCGGGUUGCUACGGCAGUUCAUGCAGCUCAAGCUGGAGGAGUACAAUGAGCAGUGCAAGGGCGCCGGCAUGGACCUGGUGCUCUUCAGAGACGCCAUCGAGCACUGCUGCCGCAUCCACAGGGUGAUUUCGCUGCCUAAGGGCAACGCGCUGCUUGUGGGGGUGGGCGGGUCCGGCCGCCAUUCCAUGACGCGGCUGGCUUCGUUCAUCUCGGAGUACGAUUGCUUCCAGAUUGAGAUCAGCAAGAACUACAGACACGUGGAGUUCCAGGAAGACCUCAAGAAGCUCUACCACACUGCAGGGGUCAGUGACACAACUCAUGCGCACACAGGUGCAUGCAUCGGUAGGUACGUCCAUGUGUUUGUCAGGUGAAGGGCAAGGCCACCACUUUCCUGUUCUCUGACACGGAGAUCGUCACCGAGUCGUUCAUCGAGGACGUCAACAACCUCCUGGGGUCCGGCGAGGUGCCCAACCUCUUCGUGGCCGACGAGCUGAGCGCCAUCCGCGCUGAGCUGGAGAAGCCCGCCAAGGAGGCCGGGGUGCCCCUCAUGGCCGAGCCGCUGUAUGACUUUCUCCUCAGCAGGGUGCGGGAGAACCUACACGUGGUCAUCUGCAUCUCGCCCAUCGGCACUGCAUUCAGGAACUACUGCAGGUAAGCGAGGAGAUGACACAACACAAGACAACACAGGGAGGGACAAUCCAUGGGGUGGGACCUUUCCCAUCAGGAUGUACCCGGCUUUGGUGAACAACACGACGAUCGACUGGUUCCUGCCCUGGCCGGCGGAUGCGCUCUCCGAGGUGGCCAUCAAAUUCCUGUCGGCGCCUUCCGACGAGGUGUCGAUUGAGGAGGAGCAGCGCAAGGCCAUCGCCGACAUAUUUGGGCAGUCCCACAUGGCCGUCAUUGACCUCAGCGACCGCAUGAUGGCAGAGAUGAAGAGGAAGAACUACGUCACGCCCACACACUACCUAGAGCUCGUCAAGGUAUGGGUGUGAUGUGAUGGGGUAUGCCUUGUGCUGGGAAUGCGCUCUCUCUACCUGUCCUGUGUGUGUCGUGUCUCCCUCGUGUGCGUGCCUCCUCCCAGGGGUACGUGUCUCUGCUGGUUGAGAAGAACACAGAGAUCGGGGAGAUGGCCAAUAAGCUGCGGAACGGUCUGGACAAGCUGACGGAGGCGCGCAUCCAGGUGGAGGAGAUGGGAGUGGACCUCGAGAAGAAGAAGGACAUCGUCGCCAAGAAACAGAAGGAGUGCCAGGACCUGCUCGUCGUCAUUGUCGAGAAACGCAUGUCGGCCGACGAACAAAAGAAACAGGUCUGCCUGCCUGCCUGCUCGCUCGGAUGGCACACACGCCCACACAACCUUUGUGUUGAUUGAUGUGUGGACGAAUGCAGGUUGAGGCGGACAGCGAGAGGAUCGGCAAGGAGGAAGCAGAGACCAAGAUCCUUGCCGACGACGCCCGUCGCGAUCUCGCCAAGGCCAUGCCGGCCCUCGAAGCGGCCAUCGAUGCGCUUGAGAAGCUGGACAAGAAGGCCAUCUCGGAGGUCAAGGCCUACUCGAAGCCGCCCGACCUGGUGAUGAAGACGAUGGCUGCCGUCAUGACGGUCAUGGAUAAGACGCCCUCGUGGCAGCAGGCCAAGCUGGAGCUCAACGACCCCGGCUUCCUCACCAAGAUCAAAAACUUCGACAAGGACAACAUCUCCGACUCCACUCUCAAGAAGAUCAUCAAGUACACCAAAGACCCAGGCUUCACUCCCGAGGCCGUCACCAAGGUCAGCAGCGCCGCCGGCGCACUCUGCCUGUGGGUGCAUGCCAUGCGCCUCUACUCGGAGGUCUACCGAGAGGUGGAGCCCAAACGACUCAAACUCAAGAUGGCGGAGGAGACACUGGCCAAGAAGCAGAGCGAUCUCAAGGCGGCCACUGAGCGGCUCAAGGACAUCCAGGAGAGAGUGCAGGCGCUCAAGUUCCAGUACGACGAGUCCAUGCGCACCAAGGACGAGCUGACAGCGAGCGCAGAGGAGCUCAAGGUGAAGCUCGAGCGGGCCGAGAAGCUCGUCACGGGCCUGGCUGGCGAGAAGGACCGCUGGGAGGAGUCAGUACAGGCGUACAACGAGCAGAUAUCCUACCUACCCGGCGACUGCCUCGUCGCCGCCGCCUUCCUCUCUUAUGCGGGGCCCUUCAACUCCACUUACCGGAACGACCUCGUCACGAGACACUGGGUGCCGUACGUCAAGGAGUACUCUCUGCCGCAGUCGCCCAACUUUGAGUUCGCCGGAUUCAUGUCCAAGCCGACUGAUGUGAGGCAGUGGAAUAUCCAGGGGCUGCCGACGGAUCGGUUCAGCACGGAGAACGGCGUGCUGGUGACGCGCACGAAGCGGUGGCCGCUGAUGAUCGACCCGCAGGACCAGGCCAACAAGUGGAUCAGGAAGAUGGAGGCCUCCAGCGACUUGAAGGUCAUCGACCCCAAGACCAAGGACUUCAUGCGGCUGAUCGAGCGAGCCAUCGAGCUGGGCAAGCCCAUCCUGAUGGAGCGAGUGCAGGAGGAGCUGGACCCGUCGUUGGAGCCGGUGCUGUCGAAACAGAUCAUCGACAGCGGUGGGUCGCUGUCGAUCAAGAUCGGCGACAACACGCUCGACUACAACCCGGCCUUCAUGCUGUACCUGACGACCAAGAUGACCAACCCCCACUACACCCCCGAGGUCUCCACCAAGACCACCAUCGUCAACUUCAUUGUCGUCGAGGCCGGUCUCACCGACCAGCUGCUGGGCAUUGUCGUCAUGAAGGAGGAGCCACGUCUCGAGGAACAGAAGGGCGAGCUCGUCGUCAAGGUCGCCGAUGGCAAGAAGCGUCUCAAGGACCUGGAGGACGAAAUCCUGAGGCUGCUGUCCGUCUCCCAGGGCUCGCUCAUCGACGACAUUGACCUCAUCAACACACUGCAGGAGUCAAAGACCAUAUCCGAGGAGGUGACGCAGCAGCUGGAGAUCUCGGAGCAGACGAUGAAGAAGAUCGACCAGGCCCGUGAGGCGUACCGGCCCUGCGGUCGUCGUGCGUCGCUGCUGUACUUCGUGCUCAGCGACCUGACAAGCAUCGACCCCAUGUACCAGUUCUCCCUCGACGCCUACAACGAGGUCUUCAUCAAGUCCAUCGAUGUCUCGCGCGAGAAGAACCCCAUGACCAGCUCCGUCGAGGAGCGGCUUGGCGUCCUCAACCAGUGGCACACACUCGCCGUAUACAGGUAGACAUACAGACACGUGGCCUGCCUCAGACGGACUCCACUCCCACACAUGAAGAUUGCAAUGCAAUGCAAUGGCGUAUGUAUGUGUCUCACUCAGGUACGCGUGUCGGGCGCUGUUCGAGAAGCACAAACUGCUGCUGAGCGUGCACAUGGCGUCGAAAGUGCUCACUGCGGAGGGCCAGCUCAGCGCGUCCGAGUAUGCCUUCUUCUUGCGCGGCGGACAGGUGCUGGACCGGUCGUCGCAGACGCCUAACCCCUCCCCCGACUGGAUCAAACAGCCCAUGUGGGACGGCAUCACAGAGCUCGACAAACUCGAAUCCUUCAAGGGAUUUCCCUCAUCAUUCGAGCAAACACUCAGGUCAGCCAGGGAUUAUCACACCCGGAACGCAACGAGACACAUGUGAGUUAUGCGGUUGUCUGCCUGCAGGGAGUGGAAGAAGUGGUACAUGUCGGCGGAGCCCGAGAAGGAGGGUCUGCCAGGCGAGUGGGACACCCGCCUGGACCCGCUGCAGAAGCUCCUUCUCGUCAGAUGUCUCCGCCCCGACCGGGCCCUGCCGGCCGCAACGAACUUCGUCGCCGCCAAGAUGGACCCCAAGUUCGUCGACCCUCCGCCCCCCGACCUCGAGUCGUUCUACGAGGCGUCAUCGGCCACCGUGCCAAUGAUCUUCGUCCUUUCACCCGGGGUCGACCCCGCACAGAACCUCAUGUCGCUCGCAAAUGCGACCGGGAUCAGGGUGGCGUCGAUAUCGCUGGGGCAGGGCCAGUCGGUCAAGGCGGAGAGGAUGCUGCGCGACGGUGCGGCCCAGGGCUUCUGGGUUUUUCUGGCCAACUGCCAUUUGUCGCUGUCGUGGCUGCCUGAGCUGGAGAAGCUCAUUGACCAGAUCGUUGAGGAGAAGCCGAGGCCGAACUUCAGACUGUGGAUGAGCAGCGAACCGACGCCUAAGUUCCCCAUCGCCCUGCUGCAGCGGUCCAUGAAGAUGACCACCGAGCCACCACGCGGCCUCAAGGCCAACCUGCAAAGGCUGCUUGUCCAGGUGUCCGAUGAAGAAUUCUCCAGGUGGGUAAACAACACACCCACACAAAUGACCACCUUUCUCCAUUUUGUCUGUGUCUCAACACAUACAGAGUGAGGAUCCAGGCCGACAAGUACCGCCGCCUGUUCUUCAACCUCUGCUGGCUGCACUCUGUCGUCCUUGAGAGGAGGAAGUUCAAGACGCUCGGGUGGAACGUGCCCUACGACUUCAACGACUCUGACUUUUCCAUCUCCGACAACAUCCUGGCCAUCUACAUCGAGCAGUACUCGCAGGACGUCCCAUGGGAGGCCAUCCGCUACCUCAUCGCCGACGCGUCCUACGGCGGGCGCGUGACGGACGACCGCGACCUGCGGCUGCUCAAAGUCUACUGCAACGAGUUCUUCUCACCGGCAGCCGUGCAAGCCAAGUUCAUGCUCUCCACACUGCAGACCUACUUCUGCCCGGAAGACCUCUCACUCGUAAGCUAGAUGGAGCACGCUCACAAGAAGCUCUCUGUCUGUCUGCCUUCCCUCAGUCGUCUUUCCGCAACUAUGCUCGCGAGCUUCCGCUGAUCGACUCGCCGGAGGCCUUCGGGCAGCACGUGAAUGCGGAGAUAUCGUCACAGAUCGCCGACACCAACGCCCUCCUGGCCAAUUUGGUGUCCAUCCAGCCACAGGGCGGCGCCGCAGCCGCACAAGAGGGAGGGGGAGCCGUCGAGACCAAAGAUGACGCCGUAAGUGGGCGUGUGCGUGGUGUUCGAGCUGCCUCGAUUGAUUGUGCAUGUUAUGUAGGUGCUCCGUCUGUGCACUGCGCUAGAGGAGAAGAUGCCCGAGGACAUCGACUACAGGGAGAUCUACCAGCGCAACGAAAGCGACCCCUCCCCUCUGCGCGUGGUCCUGCUGCAGGAGAUCCAGCGGUACAACAAGCUGCUGCGGGCGGUGCGGAGCUCCCUGGCGUCUUUGCAGAAGGGCAUCAAGGGGCUGGUGGUCAUCAGCGAGGAGCUCGAGGAGGUCAUGCAGGCCGUCUAUGAGGGGAAGGUCCCAAAGAUGUGGUCCUUCGCAUACCCCUCACUCAAGCCGCUGCUCUCGUGGGUGGCUGACCUCACCGAGAGAAUCGAGCAGCUCAACAGAUGGGGGCUGGAAGGUACGUACGUACCGCUGCAUAGCUGGGAGGGGAGAGACACAGUCAGUGCUGCAUACUUACUGUGUCUUGCUGGCUGGAUGCAGGUGCUCCCCGUGUGUUUUGGCUGGGUGGCUUCACUUAUCCGACUGGCUUCCUCACUGCCCUGCUGCAGCAGUCUGCCCGCAAGAACGUCAUCUCCAUCGAUGCUCUGUCUUUCGACUUUGUUGUCCAGGUCGGGUCGUUGAUUGCAGCGAACCAACACCGGUGCAGUGGGUACUGUGUGUGUUGCAUUUGGCGUGUGUACAGGCGACAUCCGAUGAGGGUCAGGUGCAUCAGCCGCCCAAAGAGGGCGCCAUGGUCAAGAGAAUGAUCCUCGAGGGCGCCAAGUGGGACUAUAACGCCGGGGUAAGUGAUUGAGGCAGACGCAGACCGACCGACACACGCCGAUGUCUCCUCCGCCUUUGUGUGUGUGUGUGAAAAUGUGUUUAGCAUUUGAGCGAGCCAGAGCCGAUGGAGCUCUUCGCUGACAUGCCAAUCGUCCACUUCAGGGUCAGUCAGUCAGCCCGGCAACCACACACAGUGACAGACGGAGACACGACUGUACUUCUGUGUGUGCAUCCCAACGUUGAUGCAGCCUGUGGCGAAGAAGAAGGGGCCGUCUGAUGACAUGUACGGCUGCCCGCUGUACCUCUACCCCAUUCGCACGGGCACCAGGGAAAGACCUUCCUUCAUGAUCACGGUCAGCCAAAAGCUCUCUCUAUACAACACCCUCGGUCGGCCCCAGUCAGUGUGAGCUCCUCUGUUUGCAGGUCGAUUUGAAGUCCGGGUCGCGGGACCCCUCUUAUUGGGUGAAGCGGGGGACGGCCUUGCUGCUCUCAAAGGCUGACUAAGAGUUGGGGGGCGUGUGUUCUGUGUGUCCAUUUGGGAACACUGAGGGUCUUUGCUGACUGGGCUGGGCUGGGCUGGGAUGGGCUUGGCUUAACUGGGCUCUGCAGUCUUUGCUGGUGGG